CCUCGCCCACCUCGCCAGGCGUCCACACCAGUCGAUGUAGUCCAUACCAAGCCUCGCGGCCACUGUAUGGAACCAUCGGUGACUGUCGGUGUAGUCCAUACCAAGCCUUGUGGCCGGUGUAUGGAACCACCGGUUAAAAAGUGUGUUCGUUUUGGGGAAGUGUCGGUGAAGUCAGUCUCUCGUUGGAUCGAACGGCCCAAAGAUGUUUACAUCGUCCCCUCCUUUAUGGGCACUCUUCAGGGCUGGUCUGUCACUCAUUUGGCCACGCCCGACGAAGAUGGAGAGAUGGAGAAGUAUGUGUCAUACUGGGGUUCCGACUCCUAUAUCAUGCUUACCUCCGCUCACGCCCAAGGCCCUUGCGGCCGAUACCGUUGCUCCUGGAACGCCCUCGCCCGCGUACAGGCCCGCUGGCCUCACUUCAACCCUUCAACGGUAUUCGCAAAGUGGCAGCAACUCCGAGCGAUUCGAAGGGAAAGAGGGGAGGACUUUCUAUAAGGACCCUGUUUUCUUUCCCAUGUCUUCCUUUAAACAUCGCUCAUCAAUAUUCUUUGCCCAACACGCUUUUCCAUGCCUGUCUCGCUCUUGUAUCUCUUUUUCCUUUUUUCUUUCUCCUGUCUUGUCAUUCUUUGUCUUCCCCCUUGGUUUUACUCCCGGCAGUGCUUUGUGCAGGGUCAAGGUCCCUCCAGGUGCAGCUGACUUGGCCAUAGAUGCUGCGCAAUGUCCUGUUGUAGGAUUGGUGGCGCAUCGCAGGCACCGAAUAGAUAAGCUGAUCUCCACCUCUCAGGUCAAGCUGCUAACCAUCAAUAGAGGACGUCCUGGACCAAGGGUUCCAUACUUUACAUGGGUAAUGACGCACACCCGUACGCGGGAAGGAGGAUUCGUAGUCCCCUGUCAGGAGCGCCAGCCCCCC